UUGAUCUCUGCAUGUCGCAGCUGGGCCGCAGUCGGCGAAAAACUCGCACUCGCCACACAUUUUGUGAAUCUGCGAAUUGUCAGUCUUAUUUCGAUUUUCUCUCAGGCUCGGCGGCGCCGCGGCAUUUCGGGGGAAAAACUCAAAAAAUUUCGCAAGGCAAGUGUAGUUAACUUUUUUCGAAGCCUACUGUAGGCCAGUUUUGACACGAACAUAACAAAUAAAACAGACUUAGAUAAUUUCGAGAAAAGAACUGUAAAAAGAAAUAAAUAAAAAAUAUUUCGUACUAUAGGAAGGAAUUUUUUGAGUAAAAGAGAAAAUCAAUUUGCAAUUUGUUGGAUAUGAAAGUGUUAAUUUUUGUGCAUUUAAUGAUGUGUAGUUUUUGAAAAAAAGAAAAAUAUUCAAAUCUAGCAAUAACUGUUCAAUAAUAAUAGUCAGCUGCAGUGAAAAUGCAAGGCGUUGGAAAAUCGUAAAAAUUCUACAAUACUAUACAUAAUUUUACAGCGCGCAUAAUUUUCAUAAACAAAUAUUGAUUUUUUAAAGCCCUAAUUUCACAUUGAAAUUGUCGCGCGUACCGUCCGUGCCUGCGUUUGGAAAAUUGAUUUGAGUCAUCUCAGAAAAAAAAUUUGCAGAAAUGUGAGAAAAUUUUAAAAUAAAUAGAGAAGAUUGAAAUGAUCUGGUGCUUUAAUAUUUUUUGGGCAACGAAAUUUUUACGAAAAUAUAAAAACUACAAUUAUUUGGGUAAACAAUUUAUUAUUUUUUUAACGAAACGAGUUUCGUGGCAAUCACUCAACUGCUAGUGUAAAGGAGUAAAGGACAACGUAGCUCCCGAUUAGCAGUCUUCGAGGAAACAUUUUUGAGUUUCAGAACUUGAUUGAAAAGAUCUAUCUUAAAAACAAGACAGCAUAAAAGCGAACAGUAGACAGCUGUUUGUUAACAGUCAAGCACUAAGCUUCUAUACAGUAACCAGCCAACGGAGCAAGCAUUAAUUCACAUUACUCACUUUUAAUUAAAAUGCAUAUCCUCUCGUGUAUUAUUGUCGUCGCCACUGCUGCGCUUUUCGGUGUUGCCAACGCAGGACAUGCUCCUCAUGGACAUGCCUCUAGCUACGCUUCAGUGGUGCAUCAUUAUGGCACUCACGGACACGAUAGUCAUGGUCAUGGGCAUCAUGAACAUCAUGAGCCUCAUCACUAUCCCAAAUACAAUUUCAAGUACGGCGUAAAGGACUCGCACACCGGUGAUCACAAGAGCCAAUGGGAGCAUCGUGAUGGCGAUAAAGUCAAGGGUGGUUACACUUUGGCAGAAGCUGAUGGCACUUUACGUGUUGUAGAAUACACAGCCGAUCAUCACAAUGGCUUCAACGCGGUGGUCAAGAGAAUUGGCCAUGCCCACCACCCACAGGUGCACCACCAUGGAGGACACCACUAUGGUUAUUAGCUUGCGCUUCACUGCUAUUAUUAGCUAAUUAUUUGUAUAGACAUUUAUGUCAAAUAUUCAUAUCGAAAUAAGUUUGCCUUUGCGAACAAAAAAUGUUUAA